UCCUCUCUCUCUCUCUCAGAUUCGCUCUCAUACUCUCCUCCAAAGAAAGCAAAAGCUACUUUGAUCGAUCUUCCUGAUCUCGUUUCUAAUUAUUUGUAAUGGGCUCAUCUGAGAAGAGAUCAAAGGAUGUUAUGAGUGACAUACCAACCUUCAGUGGAGAGAAUCUGCAGAAGAAUUUGAAAGUUAUACAGAACAGCCGGACGUUUCUGUCUAUCAUCGCUGGAGUCCUUGCAGGGAUAAUUGGAUUCAAUGGCUUGACUGGUUUUGUGUUUUACUUUGUGGUGAUGUUGAUCACAUCUGUUGGACUCAUGGCCAAGGCAGGAUUCUCUGCAGACUUGUACUUUGAUUCGUGGAAUCGUGUUCUUUUUGAUGGCUUUCUUGGUGGUCUUAUGUCUUUUGUGCUGUUCUGGACAUUUGCUUAUGACUUGGUUCACAUAUUCUGAGGGAUAUCUUCUGCUGCAAAUGAAGAUGAUCAAACAACACACAUGAAGAAGUGAUGUAACUUAUGAGUUUGGUACCUGCAGAAGAUUGGAAAUUGUUUUCUCUGGUUCCCUUUUUGAACAACAGAUUAUGAGUCUAUUACUUUUCCUUUGUUUCAAUUUUACUUGAGAUUACAUUAACUGUGAAACCUUUGGAUUGAGUAGUUAAAUUUUUUUUUUU